GUUCUUCUUCUCUUUUUAAAAUUAGAUUGCAAUCUCUUCAAGUUUACCAAUUCGGUCAUCAAACGUCACAACUUCAGUCUAAGCUUCUCACAUUCAAAUUCAUCAACAAUCUAUCAAACUAUAGUUCUUACUUCUAAACAGACAAUCAAACAGAAUCAAUCUAUUCCAAUCCAAUCUCAUUACAAUCUUCGAAACUUUUAUCCAUCUUCAUAUCUCUGUCUUACAAUCAUUCACCAUCUUUUCAAACCUUUACCAUCUAACUCAUCACUUUACCCUCUCAACAAUAUGUCUUCAGUCUUAACAACCUCCAACAACGACCUCAGCCCAAUGGAUUUAACUCAACAUCCUAAUACUCCAAGUUCACCUACCGAGUCUGAACAUAGCUCAAAAGCUGUCGAGAUAGAACCGGAAUUACUUGCUAGAGUAGCUGCACUUCAACGUACUGCGUUCUUAGGACUCGGUCAACAGGAUUGGCCAUUUUUGGCUCAAACCGCUCGUCUUUUGCAACUUCGAGACCAAGCCCCUGCGGUCUGUGCUGGCGAAGCUGCUGUCUUGAUGUGUGACAAAUCCGCUCCUCGUUGUUGGCGCGCUCGAGCUGCGGUCUAUAGGGCUGAAGCAUUGAUGCGACUUGGUUUUGGGGCUGAGGCGAGAAGAGCUUUGACGAGCGCCGGUCGAAUGUUGUCUGAUUGGAGCGAUAUCCAUACAAAAUUUGAAGCUGAAGAACGUAGAGAAAGUUAUCAAACCUUGGAAGCGCUGGUCGCUUGGAACGUCUCGAUGGGUAAACUCAAUUGGGGUAUGGUCGACGGCGAAGAAGAAGAAGAUAUCGAAGAACCGAUUCGUUCGGGACCAUUCUUUGCUGCUGGCUGGCCCCUCUCUCAUUCCCUCUCGGCAUUAGAUUUGAAGUGGUGUUGAACUUCAUAGAUCUUUUAGUCUUUCUCAUCUUAGAGAGUCCAGUUUCGUUUCAUCUUAACUUAUCCAUUUCGCAUUGUGAUGUGACAUAUUUAAUUUUCCAUAUCAAGAGAUUCUUUAGGCUCAUCAGUCCAAUUUAAUUGCAUUUAAUUUUGAUCGAUUUCAUCUUUCCGUUUCUUAUCUUUCAUUCUUAUCAUUAUCAUAUUCUUUCCUUCAUAUCUUUUUGAACAGAUUUCUUGUCAAUCUUUUUUGGUUUUGGUUUCUUGAUUUUCUGGGUACUUGCAGGAUUUUUUGAUUAGCCUACUCUUUUUUCCAUCUCAUAUGUUUUUCUUUUCGUUCUUAGGUCAUCAAAGAAGCUACUUUCCUUCACACAUCCAUCCAUAUAGCAUUUUGAUAAAAAAACAAAGACAAAAAAACAGUUUCCAAUUGUAGAUAUUGCUUGUUGUGAGUUUUGGCUAAUAUGUGUUCUUUGUUGUUUGUUUUCACUUUUUUUGAAUUUGAUUCCUUGAAGCUCUUUUAUCCUCUGAAAAACGCUGACACAGAGUGUUCAGAUCUUACAAAGUAGAAGAUGCUUUAUCAAGCUAGACUUGUUUUUGAGCUCCUUUUUAACAUUGAUGUUGAUUAAUUUUUUGGGGGAUUUUGCCUAAUUUGCUAAUUCUAGUUGUAAUAUAAUUUGGCCAUCGGCUCAUUUCUUGCUGCAUAUAAUUCAUACUCAUCCAGAGAUUUAAAAUCGC